UUCAAGUGCGCCAACGGCGGCUGCAUAGACGAGGAGUGGCUGUGUGACGGAUACAACACCUGUGGCGACGACAGCGACGAGCGCGACUGCUGCACCGGCGCCCACUUCGUGUGCGCCAACGGCAGCUGCAUCCAGAAGCGUUGGGAAUGCGAGGGCUGGCGCAACAACUGCGGGGACUGGAGUGAUGAGAAGCAUUGCGUGUGCCGCUCUGAUCAGUUCAAGUGCGCCAACACCGGCCGCUGCAUAGACGGGGCGUUGCGGUGCGAUGGAGACAACGACUGUGACGACGACAGCGACGAGCGCGACUGCUGCACCGGAGACCACUUCGUGUGCGGCGACGGCAGAUGCAUCCGCAAGCGCUGGGAAUGCGACGGCUCGGACAACAACUGCGGGGACUGGAGUGAUGAGAAGCAUUGCGUGUGCCGCUCGGAUCAGUUCAAGUGCGCCAACGGCGGCUGCAUAGACGAGGAGUGGCUGUGUGACGGAUACAACACCUGUGGCGACGACAGCGACGAGCGCGACUGCUGCACCGGAGACCACUUCGUGUGCGGCGACGGCAGAUGCAUCCACAAGCGCUGGGAAUGCGACAGCCUUAACCAGUGCAGGGACUGGAGUGAUGAGAAACAUUGCGUUUGCCGCACUGAUCAUUUCAAGUGCGCCAACACCGGCCUCUGCAUAGACGAGUGGCUGCACCGGCGACCACUUCCUGUGCGAAGCCUUGGUCCUCCUACCACGGACAGCGUGUGCCGAUCUGAUCAGUUCAAAUGCGUCAACACCGGCCUCUGCAUAGACGAGAAGUAUCGGUGCGACGGACACAACGGCUGUGGCAAGGACAGCGACGACAGCGGCGAACGCGACUUCGAGAAUGGCGUCAACAAUACAAGUCCAAUAGUGAAUUUUACAAGCGAUGAAGACGAUUUGAGUGAUUUAGUGAUAGAAAAGUCAGAGAAAUCGAGCGUGCAGAACGCUGAGUCAUCUCAUAGCAGUGAAGAGUCCAGCGUGCAAAAUGCUGAGCCACCUAAUAACAGCGAAGAGUCGAGCGUGCAGAACGCUGAGCCAUGCUGCACCGGCGACCACUUCGUUUGCAGCAACGGCAGAUGCAUCCAGAAGCGUUGGGAAUGCGACGGCAGGAACAACUGCGGGGACUGGAGUGAUGAGAAGCAUUGCGGAGGCCACAGCAGCGGCAGCAGCGGCAGCAGCAGGAUUGCCGCGUCUGUUCGCCCGGUAUACAGCCUGCUGGAGCAGUCGAAUCCUCCGCUUCGAGACUCAACAUUCAUCAUUGAACCAUGGGUCGGAGACUCGUUGGAGUACCCGAACUGUGCGUGCAGGAAUGAGGUCAUCGAGUGCACAGGCGUGUGCCCCUCUGAUCUGUUCAAGUGCGUUAUGACCGGCCGCUGCAUAGACGAGAAGUUGCGGUGCGACGGAGACAAAGACUGCGGCGACUACUACGACAAGAGCGACGAGGAGGGCUGUGCAAACUGGCGACGUGAGUAA